GAGAACUAGAAUAUGGUGUUGCAGAGAUUUAAAAUAUGAAUCUGCCAACGAAAACUUGCUUACUAGGUAUAAACAAUUAAGAAUAGCAAUGACGAUGUAUUAUUUAAAGACAAGACGAAUAAAACUAAAUGGCAAUAGCUUGAUUAUAUAAUUUAAACAUAUUUGUCUUGAGGAAUGUUGCAGCUGUAUCGGUUUAGAGUGGCAAUAAUGUGACGAUAAGAAUGUAUCAGGAUAAACAUCGAUACCCACAACAGAAGCAACAAUCGGAAUAUAGGUGCUGUUUUAGCAGUGGCUCUAGUGAGAUAUCGUCGUUCACGGUUCCAAAUGACAACUACAAUCGCACAAUAACAAACAGUAAGAAAACACACACUCGCAGAUUAAGGACUUUCUGUUGGUGCUUUCAUAAACAUACAUCGCCCAUUUAAUGCAUAUACGUCAACCACUUGCUCAGCACUCAACCCACCUUCGGCCUUUAUGCCCUGCCGUUUGCUUAACAUAACGAAGUUCAUAUCACCAUCGAGGUAGCUGCAGUUUCUCUCUCUUCUCCCUCUCUUACUCGAUUUUAUUGUAAUAAUACUCAUUCACUGUCUCUUUUUCUUCAAUUCUUUUACUCUGUAGCCUUUCUGUUCACCACCUUUUCCUUUUACUCCUUCCUAAUUGUUAGUUUCUCUCUGCCUCCUCUCCACGCUCGGCGUCUUUAUUCUCUCUCUCUCUCCCUCCACCUCCGCUCUCUAUCUCUCUCCUCUCCCUCACUCUUUUCUCUAGAUGUAUCUAUUUAUCAUUCUACUGUUGUUGUGAUCCCCCUCUCUUGCCUUUCCAUUGAGCGAGAAAACAGCAUACAUUCACAUGAUCUUGGAAAAAAAAAACAAGAGAAAAAAAGCGAAAACAAAAGUAAAAACAAACAAACAAACCAGUAACACUUGCAGGCAAUUCAAAAUCAACACGAGUGCUUUACCACUAAAUUGAAACCAUUUAUUUUUCUUUUAGCUUUAUGGGUAUAUACACGUUUAUAUAAAUAUUUCAGCAAAAACAGGAGGUCUAUUAAGAACAGAGACAAAAACAGUACAAAAAUAUCAAGUGUUAUAUAUGAAAAUUGUAAAAAGAAAAGGGAAAAUUUGUAAUAACGACAACAAUAACAUCAAUAGAAAAGGCAGAAAGGAAAGUAAUAUUUUCAUCAUUGAUAAGAAGCCACAUCAUUAAAGAAAAAAAAAAAAAAGGAAGAAAAAGGCUCCAACAGUUUGUCUUGUGAUUCCAAAUUACACUGGAAACAGUAGCAGACAGAAUUUGGAACGAGUGAUAGACUUUUCUGAAAAUAUUUAAAGAUGCCAAGUUUGAAAUAUGAUCCACAAGGUGGAAAAGCAUUUGGUUUAUUGAAGGAGAAACAAGAAACAGAUUUAAACAGAAUAAACCAGCAAUUUCUGGAUGAUAUAGCAUACAAAGAUAUAGAAGAUCUUGAAGAAAAACUUAUACGAUAUAAAAGUCAGUUUAUGCAGUUUGAUCAAGAUGUUAGUGGCGAUCUUAAUAUUAUGGAUGUGAAACGAAUGCUUGAAAGACUUGGCCAAGCCAAAACACAUUUGGAAAUUAAGAAGAUGAUUGAACAAGUUGAUCGCACUGGUACAGGAGUAAUUACAUACCAUGAUUUUGUUUUUAUGAUGAUUGGGAAAAAGUCUGGAAUCUUAAAAUUGAAAAUUUCUAAAAGAAUUAUUCCUAAGCUUGCCAUCUGGUCUUUCAUCUUAUACUUGAUAUGUUUAUUGAGGGAACUCAUGAUUGCCAAUGUCAACAUAUCAAAGAAUCUUUUUACUUCUCAGGAAGAUUUCUGGAAGACAGGUCAAGGAGGGGAAGUUAAGGAAAUUAAUACCAAAAAAGUAGUUAUCAAACGGAUACUGAUGUUUGAAGAAAAAAACAAACCAAAGGAACAACCAAAAGGACCACCACCCAAGCGAGAUCUAAGCAAUCUUCCAUGAUAUGAAAGACUGUCAGCAGCUCUGGUUUGGGAAGCACCAUUUUAAAAAGUGUUAUAGUCUCGUUAUGGAUUAGAUAUCCAGCUCAUUUGCUGAUAAAUUCUAUUUUUUUAAAAAAACAAGGAACAAUCAAUAAAUAAACAAACGAAAAAAGUAUUUACAAUUUUAAACCAUCUAAAAUGACAUACUUUCAAUUUAUCCAUAUCAGAGCUGCUUCAAGUGACAAGGCACAUAUAUAUUUUUUGUUGAUAUCUUGUUUUCCUCUUUUUGUUUUCCCCUACCAAAAUACAAUUUAAAUUAUAAUUGAUAUUACACAUUCUUCUCCAGUAAACAUCUGGAUUCUGGCUAGUAAUUUCAAACCCACUUUAUUUGACUAAUUUAAUAAAUUUUCCCUAACAUAA